AUGGCAAUUUCUUUCGUAGUUUCUUGUUGUGCACUCAUACAUCCUCUCACCAAACAGCUGAACUUUGUUGAAAGCUUGAAAGUCACGUUUGACCCUUGUCAGAUUCUAGCCGAUCGUGUGAGGGCAUUACUUGAACAGGGAAAUGCACUAGAUUGUGUGGAUCCAAACAUGGGAAAUUACCCGGAAGACGAGGUUUUGCCUGUUCUUAAAUUGGCAUUGGUUUGCACUUCUCAGAUACCUUCCAGUAGGCCAUCCACGACAGAAGUGGUGCAAAUACUGCAGGUGAUCAGUACUCCAGUUCCACAAAGAUUGGAAGGAUUCUAA